GGUAGUCCCGGCGACUAAGGGAGAGGAAAAGGGGGUGUUGGGCCUGGCUGGCUAACAGAGGCUGCGGGUGGCUGGAAGACUACUGGGUUGGUGUCCCGGAGGGCUGCGGGGCCAGAGUAUCCAGGGGGUCACGCUACACUCUAGGAAGUGCCUGCACUAGUGUGCCGCCGGGCGAGACCCGCAGGCUAGGAUCAUGGGCUGCUUUUUCUCUAAAGGGCGGAAGACUGAGAAGGAGUCGCGGCCCGAGAGCGAGGAGGAGCGACCCAAGCAGUACAGCUGGGACCAACGCGAAAAGGUUGAUAUAAAAGACUAUAUGUUCAACGGGCUGAAAGAUGAAACAGUAGGUCGCUUACCUGGGAAAGUAGCAGGACAGCAGUUUUUCAUUCAAGACUGUGAGAACUGUAACAUCUAUAUUUUUGACCACUCUGCUGCAGUUACCAUUGAUGACUGUACUAACUGCAAAAUUUUUCUGGGACCUGUGAAAGGCAGUGUAUUUUUCCGGAAUUGCAGAGAUUGCAAGUGUACAUUAGCUUGCCAACAAUUUCGUGUUCGGGAUUGUAGAAAGCUGGAAAUCUUUUUGUGCUGUGCCACUCAACCCAUUAUUGAGUCAUCUACAAAUAUCAAAUUUGGCUGUUUUCAGUGGUACUACCCUGAAUUAGCUUUCCAGUUCAAAGAUGCAGGGCUAAGUAUCUUCAAUAACACAUGGAGUAACGUUCAUGACUUUACGCCUGUGUCAGGAGAGGUCAACUGGAGUCUCCUUCCAGAAAAUGCUGUGAUCCAGGAUUACGUUCCUAUUCCUACUACUGAAGAGCUCCAAGCUGUCCAUGUGUCAACAGAAGCCAAUAGAAGCAUCAUUCCUAUAUCUCGGGGUCAGAGACCGAAGAACAGUGAUGAAUCAUGCUUAGUGGUAUUAUUUGCUGGUGAUUAUACUAUUGCAAAUGCCAGGAAACUAAUUGAUGAGAUGGUUGGUAAAGGCUUUUUCCUAGUUCAAACAAAGGAAGUGUCCAUGAAAGCUGAUGAUGCAAAAAGGGUUUUUCAGGACAAAGCACCUGACUACCUUCCCCUUCUGAGUAAAGGUCCUGUGAUUGCAUUGGAGUUUAAUGGAGAUGGUGCUGUAGAAGAAUGUCAACUUAUUAUAAAUAAGACAUUCAAUGGGACCAAGAUUUUUGUAUCAGAAAACAAGGAGACAGCAUCUGAAGAUGUAGACAGCUUCUACAACUUUGUUGAUAUACAGAUGGGAAUAUGAAGUGCAAUGUGGAAUCAAGGAUUUGGUAUUAAGCCCUUUCCAGCUUUUGUGUAUAGAGUUUGAUAAUAUGCUUUUGUGAAUUAGCAGUGAUUUUUACUAAUGUUAAAAUUGUUAAAUGUUAUUUUUAAUGACUCAUUGAAUACUGCAUCAUUUUAAUAACACAUUAGAUACUGCAACUAUCAAAAUAGCUUAAUUAAAUAAUUUUAAUCUGCUUAAAAACUAUUUAGCCCACUUCAGUAAGCUUACAGUUUUCUUUGUUUACUUAUAAUAACCCUUACUAGAAAAUAGAAGCAACUAUCAGUUCAUGAUUUUAAUCCUAAUUAAAUGUUCUUUCAAAUCUCUGAUAAUUUAAACAUUCCAACUUUCCUCAGUGCUCCACGACAUUUGAGUUAGAAUAUAUUUCAUUGCUUAUUUUAUGUUUUUAGAGGGAUUUGUUACUAUUUGAUCAAUUAGAAUAAACCUAUGUAUAUUUUUUCAUGUAUACAUAUCCAGUUAAAUAAUUGUCUCGUAGUUGCAUUAAAUAGCUAAUGAGAUUGUAUAUAUGAGUUGACAUACUACUUUUUAAGUUGAAUUUCUAAGGAAAUCAGUGGUUUUGAUUUCUGUAGCCCUAGCUACUCAGAUGGGUCAGGCAGGAAGAUCACUUGAGGCAGCCUAGGCAACAAAACUAAAACAAAAACAAAGAAAUAAACAUUUGAUAACUAGCUUUGCAAAUAACUGUAAUAACUGAUGUCAGUAUGGCACUAUCAGACUACUUCAUAAGUAGUAUGACUAUUUGAAUAAUUGGCACAUUGUUUUGGUUUUUGUAAUACAAUUGUUAGAUAUCUCUUAUACUUCUGGUAAGAAAAUAUAUGCAAUAGUAAAACUACAGAAGCCUAACUACUAGCAGCUUUUAUAAAGGUGAUUACUGUUUGAUCAGCUAUCUCUUGGGCUAUCAAGAGAUUUAGAACAAAACUUUGUUACUUUUAGGUAAGAAAUAGACAUGAUGAUAACCUAUGCAAAUUAUCAAGUAAUGUAAGUAUAAUAAAAUUAUUUUGGUUGCUUUCAAAACAUUUCUCAAAUCUGCCUGAUCAUAGUAAUUUGCCAGGAGGCAGGGUAGAACUAUUUGUUCAAAAGUCUAUAUUCUUAGACCUAAUCCUCAGAUGCACAGACUCAGUCUUUAGCUCAAACUCUUUGAAGGAUUAUGUUACAAUCAGUUCAAAGAGUGUUGAUAGGCUGAUCCUAUGCGAAGGUGCUGAACCUGCCAUCCACAAAGCAUGCAGCUAAUAGGAAAACAGCUUUCAUAAGCCUAUUUUCUUUCUAUCUUUCUUUUUCCAGUACAGAGAAUCAAACCCUGGGCCUCAUACAUGCUAGGAAAGGGCUCUACCACUGAGCUACACACUCAGCCCCAUAGGCCUAUUUUUAAAAGGCCUAUUUUAAAAUCUGAAAUUUAAUUAUGUUUUGAUAAAACUAAGACCUCAAAUGGCCACUUGUAAAAAAUUCUUUUUACAGUUGUUACUAAAAAUACAUUUUCAUGUCUAAAAUAUUUUUGGAUAUUUUCAGGUUAACUAUUGUAUUGAAUUGCAUGUUAGUAUGUAGAAAUAAUACAUUAGAAAACUCUUCACUUUAAAUUAGUAAUAUUGAGCAUCCACAUUGUGCCUAGCUCUAUGCUAACCAUUAGCACUGUACAAUUUCACUCCUUUUAUUAAGAGCAUUCUAUUCUAAAAAGUCAGUGUGAUUUAAUAAGGUACAAAUAAAAAUUGGUGACAGGUUUAAUUUUGGUCAUAAUUUACAAAUAAUCUUUACAAAUAGUGGUUAGACCAUAACUUUUUCUUUAGAUAAGUUACAUUAAAUAUAUUGCUUCCUAUCAUGAUUAUACUAUUAAACAUCAUUAUUCACAGUUGAAAUAAUAACAAUACUUUGUUUUUGAAAACUAAAAUACAAUGCUAUGCAAAGAUAUAGAUUGAGUUCAUUAUUUAUCUAUGGUAUUUUAACAAACUCAGGAAUAUAAUAAUAAGGGAGAUGUUGAUGUAAGAUUUUCCACUAAAUUUAGUAUCUGUUAACCAAAGCCUAAAUUUUUACUCUUCAAUUAGAUAAGAGAUUUUUACCUGUGUUUAAUCUUUCUUUCUUUCUUUCUUUUUUCUUUCUUUUGGUUGUGGUUGUGAUAGUACUGGGGGUUGCAUACUAGGCAAGCACUGUAUUAUUUAGCUAUAUCCUCAGCCUAAUUUGUCUUGAAGUAUAGUCAUUUGGCUUCUGAAUGUUUGAAAAGAUUUGUUUAAAUAAUGAUAGUUGUUUUUAUAGUUCUAAACUUUGAUAGUAAUCAAAAUGUACUAUAGUUCACUACUGAAAUAGCAAUUCAUGAAAAAUUAUGGGCAGUGAAAAGUUAGUAAUUUUAUUAUUAAGUUAUACAUGUUUAAACAUUAAUUUCUUUUACAUUAAUAAGUACUGCUAGUUUUGUUUUGUUUCUGUAUCUAGAUGUAACUUUUAUAUACAGUUUACCUAGUGUUUAUAAAAUAUGAUUUGUAAUAAAUGUUAAAAUGAAAAAUGGCUUAACAUUGAUUCUUUUUUUGGUUGCUUGAGACAGGGUCAUGCUAUGUAGCAUAGCUGGCCUUGAACUUACUAUGUAUUCCAGGCUGGCCUUAAACUAGUGGCAGUCCACCUGCCUCAAGUUGCUGAGUGUUAGGAUUACAGGUGUGUGCCACCAUGCCCAUCAUAACACUCAUUUUUUUGUUUUUGGUAACACUCAUUUUUGAAGAGCAUUUCUAUAACUUAUGUGCCAAAUUUUUUAAUGUUAAAAGCAAAAUAAACUUUUCUAAUCUAUGUUAUAUGUGAAAAAAAAAUUGUAUGCUCAGUGUGUAUGUCUCUUCUGUGUAUACAUAAGGCACUGUGAAAAAUGCAAAGGAAGUAGAAAACCUGUUCUAAUCUAAGCAGUUUCCAAUAUAAUGCUUCCUUUGUUAAAAUGAAUCAUAUUUUAUUAUGAUUCAGUACUUACUAAGAUUAGGUAUCUUCACUUUCAUAUUUUAAAAAAGUGAAUUUAUUAUACUUCCUUUUAGGCUUACAGAAAUGGACCUUAUUUGUAAGUCGCUACCAAAUUUACUAGCCUUUUGUUUUCAACUUCUCCCUCUCCUACCUCAUAAAUCAGAAGUAUUAAAAUUACAGAUUGGUCAGUUUUUAAGUAACUAUUUUUAUUUCUACAUAUAAAGGUUCUACACAUACAUUUGGAGUACAGGGGAAAAACAGAAAUUGCAAGACAAUAAUAAAAUUCUUAAUGGAUAAUUAUUGGUGUCUAAAAUUUGUUUUAAUCAUUUAUAAGGGAUAUAUUUAACUAUUCUCUAUAGAAAGAAAAUAAUAUUGUAAUUAUGACAUGAUUACUUCUUCAAAACCCUUUCUAGAAAAUGCUUUAAAAAUGUUAACACUCAAAAAGUCAAAUUUCAUGUAAAUGAUACUGAUACAGUAAUUUUUUUAUUCUGGAAUAUCCCCCCCAAAGCCCAUGUGUCAAAGGUAUGAUUGCCAGCCUGAGGUGCUGUUGGGAGGCAAUGGGACUUUCAGCAGGUGAAGAGGUAGGAGAAGAAAGUUAGGUCACUGGGAAUAUGCCCUUGAAGGGGAUAUGUGGAUCCUGGUCCCUACUGGCCACCAUGAGGUGAGCUGUUUGCUCCAUCAUGCACCUACCCCCUAUGAUUUUCCUCAUUACUGGCUUAAAAGCAACAGGCCAUUUGACCAUGAAAUGAAACCUUUGAAACAUAGGGCCACAAUAAGCCUUCCCCCUUUAAAAGAUUAUUUAUCUCUGGUGUUUGAUACAGUGACCAAAACCUAAGCAACAGAAAAUGAAAACCUUUUUUUUGUGAAAAUGGAGUCACUGUUAACCCAUUUUUCUCAUGGGUAGAUUGAAUGUUUGGGGGUGGAGGUGGAAAUAAGCCUGUAUAAUACUUUGUCUCUUUCCUUAUAUGACUUGUUGGUGUUUAGUGGCAAACCUCAGCAAGAUGCUCAGAAAUGGUGAUUUUUUUCCUUUCCUGUGAUUCAGUGCUUUACUGAUGAGGGCCAGUUCUCAUCUAGAAACAGCCAGCAAAAGUGAUAGAGAGCCCGCAGAGUUUUCACUUUGGCUCUGAUCCUGUCUUUGGGGCCUGUCUUCACUGCUUCAAUUUCAUCUGGUCCACUUGUAAUUGGACUAAUGAGCACUAACUUGCCAAAAUUGUGUGACAAGUAAUUUACCAAUAUUUGUAAAGUGCCUUGAAAGUGAAAAGUACUUUAUAUGUUAAAUAUUGUGCUGUGCAAAGUAAUAAUGAUGUUCUUUUAAAGUAGUUCAUCCAUGAAACCACACUCUUGCCUAUGAAUAGGCAGCUGAAUAGGAAGGGUUAGGUUUAAGAGGCUGUUAAGUUGUAAGUGCUGUUUGCUUAGUGACUGAUGUACCUUAAUUUGACAAGUGUAGGUCAGUUUGUUAGUCUCAUUAAUAGAACAUUUUAUACUAUUUCAUCCUAACUUCUUUUUUUUUAUCUUUUUCCUUUUUAUUGGUACCAGGGAUCGCAGCUUGCAAGGCAGGUGCUUAUGCUGCUGAGCUAAAUAUCCAGCCCCCUUCAUCCUAACUUCUAACCAGACAUUAUAUUAAGUGAUUUCAUCUCAGUGGAGUCAUCUAGUUUCAGGGCUAUGAAGGGUCUAACACAGCCUAUUAGUUUGAAUCCCUAAUUUCCUUCCUUUCUUGGUGAUUCAGUGCUCUCCUGGUAAGGGCUGGUUCUUAUGUAUAAACAGUCAGCAUAGAUGGUAGAGAGCCCUAUUGUUUUUUGUUGUUGUUUGUUUUGUGUUUUGAGACAGGGUCCUACUACAUAGUUAAUGCUGGCCUUGAACUCACUGUAUUGCCCAAGCUAGCCUUAAACUCAUGGUGAUCCUCCUGCUUCAGCCACCCAAGUGAUGAGAUUAUAGGUAUGCCAUCACAUCUGGCUCAGUUUCUAAUUCUGUAAAUGAGAAAGAAAUUGAAAGUUAGAAAGUUUAGAUGGCAUGCCCAAGCUAUACUGAACUACAGAGUAGGCUUCUUCAUUUUUCCCUGGGAUUACAAGAACAAGACUCAGCUCAUCUGUCUCCAACUAUGUGAAGCCUUUUCUGAUACUCAUAUGGAUUUUCAAGUACUUGUAUCACUUUAUUACAAUUCUUUACCCAUGCCUUUCUUGCUACUAUAUGAUCUGUGGACCAGUAGCAUCAGUUUCAACCAGAAACUGGUUAGAAUCUCAAGCACCACUCCAGAUGUUGAAUAAGCAUCUAGUAAGACAUAUUCAGGGGGUUAACAUGUACAGUAAAAGUUUGAGAUUCUUGUGCUGAACUUUUAUGAUCAAACUCUAGAAUCAAGACUUAGAAAUAUUUACAUUCCUAAAGUAGCUGAAAGUCUAAUAAUGUGAUUCAUGUUUUAUUAAAUAUUUCUGAUUGAAUGAUUCACAAUCCAGUGCCUCAUUUUGCUGGAUCAGACUUUAGGCUUUUGUGUAAUUCUCCUUGAUUGCUUCUGAAAUAAAAAUAUUCUUUAAUAUUAAA